AUGGCUGAUUUGGCGAUGACUUACAAGCAACAAGGCCGAUUCGAGGAGGCUGAAGACUUACUGUCUGCAGCCAUACCUGGAUUUAAGAGGCUACUGGGAUCGGAAAACCCGAGUACUCUGUCGAAAGUGUCCAACUUGGGGACGAUUUAUGAAGCUCAAUAUCGAUGGGCAGAAGCAGCGGCUCUUUACAUCGAGGUCAAGGAUACCUGCCAUUCUAUCCUUGGAGAACGCCAUCCUUUUUCGCUCACGAGUACUAAUAACCUCGCCAACGUGUACAGUGCGCAGGGCCGUUGGAAGGAAGCUGAAAUUAUGCUUGACAAAAUUCUCAGCAUUGCAGCAGACGCUCUGGGGCCACAGAAUCAUAUCACACUCAGAGCUCAACGUGCCCUCGCCAAUUUGUAUGCAAGACAGGGUCAGUUUAAGCGUGCUGUAGAGGUGUUCGAUCACACGCUAAGUGGCUCGGAAGAGGAGUUUGGUGAUGACCAUCCGGAGACCAUUGAGGCUCGCAGAUACCUGGGAGAUAUGUAUCACCUGUUGGGCUUAUAUGAAGAGGCAGAGGCACUACACUCCAAUGCCUUGAUAAAGCUCGAGUCACUAAGAGGGAUACGUCAUCCUUCUACAAUAAGUGCAGCCAACUCUUUGGCUUUGACCUAUAAAGAACAAGGCAGACUGAGAGAUGCCGAGCAGAUUCAGCAAAAGACCAUUCAGCGGUGCGAUAGUGCUUUUGGCCCUCUGCACCACAUGACUCUACAUGUCCAGCUCGACCUCGCAGCGAUUUUCAUGGACCAGGAACGUUUUGAAGAGGCUGGGGACUUGAUUGAACAAAUCCUACUGCAAGAAGCGCAAUUGUACGACCGAGAUCAAACUCUUCGAAUAGAUGCACUCGCCAAGCUUGUUACUAUCUAUCGAUGCCAACGUAAAUUUGAGGAAGCCGAAAAGCUGGGGAUUGAGGUCAUCGAAACCAGGGCGGCUUUCCAAGGUGACGAGCAUCCGUCGGUCCUUGAAAGUAAAAACAACCUAGGCAGCGUCCUUAUGGAGAUGGGAAAGUUGAGCAAUGCUACAAACCUCUUCACUGAUGUGAUAAAUACAAAAGAAUCACAGGGUAUCCGAGAUCCAGUAUAUUUGACCAGCAAAUGUUGUCUCGUCGCCACGUAUAUAGCAGCAGAAAAAUGGGGCGAUGCUGCGGAAUUGGGAAUUGAGGCCCUCGAAAUGGCGAGAACAUCAUUAGGAACAGGCCAUCUGGCGUGGAUCAGAGCAGCAGACCAUGUCCUCUUUGCGUACGAGAAUGGCCAAUGGACAAAGGCGGAAAAACUCAAGCUCGAAGUCAUCGACAAGAACAGAUCUAUUCUAGGGCCGGAUCACGAAGACACUGUGAUAUAUAUGGAAGAUACAGUGACUUUCUACAUGAGGAUUGGAGACCUCGAAAAGGCUGAAAAACUUACUCUCGAAGUCAUGGAGAUCCGACAGCAAGCUUUAGGAAAUAGUCAUGCUGAAACUAUACGCACAAGGAAUUUUCUAGCACAUGUUAUGGCCGCCCGUGGCAAGCAUAUCGAAGCACAGAAUAUGAAAGAAGCAUGUCGCUUGUUGGAGUUAGGAAAUCCUUCAUAG